AUGGGGCUCGACGUCGUGGAGAUCGGGAUGGGCGCCGAUUUGAGCCUGGAUCUGAGGCACUUCGCCUCCAAGGCCGUGAGGCAGAGCAAGGACGGCGCGCCGGCGCCGGACAUGGACGCCUGCAUCCGCCGCCCUCGAGGAGGAGCGGGGCAAGAUCCAGAUGUUCAAGCGGGAGCUCCCUCUCUGCGCGCGGCUCCUCGCCGACGGAGGAAGCGGGGAAGAAGACGAGGAGGAGGAAUGAUCGCAGCCUUCCGGCUGCGGCUGCGGCUGCGGCGGCGGACGAGGAAGAGGACGGCGCCGCCGGGGACAAAACAAGUGGAUGAGCACGGCGCAGCUCUGGACGGGCGAUUCCGGCCGGGAGGACGCGGAAUCAGAGGUACGGCACGAUUCGAUCGCUGGUGCAGCGGCUUGAAUGCUCUCCUGGGAGAGGAUCUGGGGGGGUGUCGGAAGCAAGACAAGGGGAGGAGUUCGCCGGAGGCCAAGUCCCGCGGCGCCGCCGCCGGCGCUGUCCUGCCGUUCAAGGCUGCUGUGGGCUCCGGCGCGCCGGCGUUCGCGCCGCUCUGCUUGAGAACGGACGACAAGGCUGCGCGCGUCGGGAUGCCGGAUCUGUCCUUGCUGUCGCCGCCGGCGACCAAGAGCGCCGGCGAGGAGAGCCGGCGCCAGGUGGUGGGGUUUGCGCAGGCAGUGGCGAGGGCGGCCGCCAUGGCGCCAGCUGCCCCUGCGUUUGGCCUCCAGUCCCAAUCGCAGCAGCAGACAGCUCAGCAGCAGCAGCAGCAGCAGCAGCAGUCAAGGAAGGUUCGGCGCUGCUGGUCGACGGAGCUGCAUCGGCAGUUUGUCGCCGCCUUGAAUCAACUCGGUGGCCCCCAAGUUGCCACCCCAAAGCAAAUCAGGGAGCUGAUGAAGGUGGAUGGCCUGACAAACGACGAAGUGAAAAGCCAUCUUCAGAAAUACCGGCUGCACAACCGAAGGGCGCCUGGAUCCGGCGUGGUGAGCCAGCCGAUCGUGCUCGUGGGAGGGCUCUGGAUUCCCCAGGAGCAAAGCAGCUCGCAGUCUGGGUCUCCCCAUGGCCCCCUCCACUUCUCCACCUCAGGCAUCGCUGUCUCGUCAGCGGCCACCGUCAGCUGUGAGGAGGAAGACGGCCGGUCUGAGAGCUAUGGCUGGAAAUGCUGA